AUGAUGCUGUAUGACGAGUAUACAGCAAAUUGUAGGGAUGUCAUGGAUUUCAAGAAGGAUCUAGCUGGGCUUCCAACUCAUCUCAAGGCUAUUCACAUCUUCACACGGCAAUCAGAUAUCGGUCUGCUGUCUCCAAAUGCAUUUUCUGCAUUUCACAACUUGGAGAGCCUUCUCAUUUCUGCCUGCCUCACUCAAUGUACAUUCAGCAACCUCCCCAGACUGAGAGUAUUACGAUUAUUCCGGUACAGAAUUUCCGCAAUAAAGCCAGAGGUCUUCAGUGAAAUGCCCCAGCUAGAGGAAUUCAGUGUUUCUCACUGCUGCAUCCAGGAAGUAACCAAUGUACUCUGUAGGUUAAUGAACGUAACAUCACUGAGAAAACUUCACAUUGGAACAAAGGACACACAAAUCCUUAAACACCGAAACUGUUCAUCUCUGAACAUGACAGUUGCUGGGACACAGUACCGCUAUGACACUUUCGUAUCCUACUGUGGGAAGGAUGAGCGUUGGGUGUUUGAGGAGCUGCUGCCCAACCUGGAGGAGCAAGGCCCUCCUUUCCUGCGCCUCUGCCUGCACAACCGAGUGGGGAAAGACAUCGUGGACAACAUCACAGACAGCCUCUAUAGCAGCCACAGGACCCUGUGCCUGGUCAGCCGACACUACCUCCACAGCAACUGGUGCUCCCUGGAACUGAGACUGGCCACCUACCACCUGCUGGUGGAACGCAAGGACAUUUUGAUCCUCAUCUUCCUGGGGAAAAUUCCCCCUUUCCAGCUGUCAGCCCACCAUAGGCUGGCAAGACUGGUGAAGACCCAGACCUACCUAGACUGGCCACAGGACCCAGAUCAGUGUGUAGUGUUCUAGGACAGGCUUAGAGCCAAACUUGCAUCUGCUGGAGGAGGUGCCUGA